AUGAAGAACAAAUCGAUUAGAAUACAUAGACCAACACUAGUGUGUUUUGAAUGCAAAAAAAGAAAGUUGAAGUGUGAUAAGCAGAGGCCUAAUUGUACACGAUGUAGGCAAAACCAUCUGAUAUGUUUUUAUGGAGACAACUCAACUUUUAAUCAAGAUGACACUGAGAGCAGUGCAAGUACCGAGAUAGCUUCGAAGAGAACGCCAGAUAAUCAAGAAGAGGUUGAAGCAGCUAACGGGAGGACGGGGAACCAGACUUCUUCCACUACUUCGGAGCAAUGCAGCGACGUGACGUUUUCACUGUGUUCACCAAAAGAUAUGCUAGUAAUUAGGGGAUCAACGACCUUUCUAGACUAUCCGUUUUCGUUACACAGCCUUGUUCAGCACGAUCAAUACACCCGAGCUCUAGGCGGCUCUUUACACGGCAUAACGCUGCUGGAUUUAAGCAAUCACCGAAGUGGACAGCCCGAUAAAGAAACCAGUCAGCGGUUACACGGACCUCUUCCAUUUCUGGAAAAGGCUAUCUUCAAGUGUAUGGAAAACUCGCGCCUAGCGGGAACUCAGCAUUCAUUGACCGGUUUUUCGCUGCGGUCGUUGGAAGACGAAGGUUCAAUGAUUGCAUUGCAAGCGUUGGUAGACGAACUUGAGAGCCUGCUCGUAAGUAAAAGUGAGAGCAACGACUUGCUGAAAAAAUUUUAUGCUGAGAUUUUCCCUUUUUAUGCAUUCAUGGAUAUUUCUAUUUUCGAGGAUAAUCUGGCCUCGUUGUUUGUCACUGAUGAAGCCAAUCGCUUGAAGAUAAAUCUGAGCGGGAAUGACUUGCGCAGAAGAAUAGAGACACUUUCACUAUUUUUAACAAUAAUUUCGAUGGGAUUAAAAAGUCUGACUUCAAGCAAAAGUUUCAACUCGUCCGCGAAGGAGAAUCAUUCACUACUAGCAGAACAGCUUUCUGCUUUCUCGUACAAGUUAAUUGAACUUUUAAAUGUUUUUCAUUAUACCAACGAGGGUGGGUUCACUUGUCUUCUGUAUUAUUUCAUUUCCCGUUAUAUCAACCCCAAAAGCCCUGAUAUUUUCCCAGCCCAUGCCAGCUUCUUGAACAUCAAGCAAUUGACAGGAUUAGCAGUAACUCUUGGUCUCCAGCAUGACCCUUCCCAAUACAUGCGGUAUAGAGACCCCCGAGCAUUGGCUUCUCGACGUGCUUUAUGGCGGGGCGUGCAGUCCUUGGCUUUCCAAAUUGCUCUGCCAGAUGGCGGUUCCGAUACAGUUAAUCGUGAGAACAUGCAAAUAUUUCUACGUGGUCUGCAAGGGCCGCAUGCAUUUUCAGAAGACGUUACAAGUGUAACCGCCCAAUUAAGAAUGUCUUUGUGCGAGACCUCGGAUGACAAGUAUCAAUUUCAUUUACAGUUAAGCAAACUGAUAUCUGUAUGUGCUCCAACAUCUGGAAUCACUCAGCUUCACAAGAUCUUGGUGAACAUUAACAGAUCAGAGGAGUUCAUGUAUCAGGCUUUUCCACUUUACAAAACAAGCAAUGCGUUGACUGACGAAGACCUGAAUAUGUUAGAACUAGAAAGAGGUGCUUUGGUCAACAUUGAAUUAAUAAAAAGAACUGAAAAUCUCUUGUGUAAUUUAGCGGGACACCUGUGCAUUUUGAAUGUCUAUGACAUGCUCUCGUUAUAUUUCGAGAACAAUUCGAAUUCCGAUUGGGACGAAAAUGAUUCCCGUUUUCGUAAAUUGACUCUUCAGUCUUUCGUUGCAUACUUAAAUUUGUCUUCCGUCAUAUCUGAUUAUCUUACGGGACGUCUUGGCGAUAUUAGACAGAGUUAUGGCUACGCCGUCGACCAACAUGUUUGCUUCUUACUUGUCCGGAUUUGGAUUUAUCAAUGCAGGUUCCUAUUGAGACUUUCCUAUAAGCAGUCUAUUAUGCAGCAACAAUUCAAAAAUGCAGAAUUGAACGGCAUCCAAGAGGAAGAUUCCAAGUACAAUAAUCUGAGCGACGUUUUAACACGGAAUAUCAAAUAUCUGCGAAAUCAAAUGACAACACUGAUUGAUUUAGCAGAGAACGCAUACGGAGAUUCUUAUUUGUCUUCCUACUCAGCGGUCUCAAUGUUCAAGUAUAUCGUCCACAUAGUCGAUCAAGGAAACUUGAAUAUUAUGACAAACGCCUUUUGGCAAUUGCGAUUGCAAGGAAAAUAUUCACCACGAAGCAUAAUUGAAGAAGUAUAUUUAAAAUGGGGGCUAGAUUCUGAAAAUAGUCGAUCUAUUCUGCACAAAUUGAAAGGACCUCAAGCUCUCAUAGGUUUCAGUUACGAUUUGAUGGUCCAGGUAGAGAACGCCGUUCUUUCACAUAAGUUCGAAGGGUAUUUAGAAAUUCCCACGAAAAAACGGAUAGCUGCUGAGCCAAUUGAUGAAAGUGAAGAAGAUGUUUUUAGUGGGAUUCUAGGAAGCAACAUUGAAGCUUUUUGGGAGUUUUUGAUUGAUGAUUCAAAAGGAUUUCCUUAG